GGAGGUUUUUUUUUUUUUUUUGGUUUCUCUCCACACCUCCGACACCUCCAGAAAUCAGCUGAAAACAAGCCGAGCGGGAGAGUAAAAAUGUCCGCAUUUUUGGAGCCGUCGCCGGCGCAGCAGCACGCCGUGGAGCUCGGGACGACGGGACAUUAAAUAGUCUCCUCGAGCGGAAGAACACCGAGGAGGAGGAGGAGGAGGACGGGAGGAGACAUUCGAGCGUGAUGACCAGGCCAGUGGGUUUCCCACACCACUCAAGAUGAAAUCACCAAGUAAAGAGGAUGGGUCCAUUUGUCCUCUCAGGAUUGUUGUCGCUCCUUUGAUUUCUCGAAUUUGACCACAGCCGCCCGAGACCAUCAAUAAUGAUACCUGGAUUGAUCUCCCAGGAGUUACAGGAGCUCCUUCUGGACCUGAAAAAUUACCAAAAUCGCACAAAUGGAGUGGAAGACCUCAAACGCAUCCUCUCAGAAGUGGACAUGGAAUCUGUCCCUUCUGGCAGUAUUGAGGAGUUCAUCAAUUUUCUCCCUCGACUUCUGGAUGACAGUAAUUUUAAAGUGUUGUAUGGCACUUUACAAGUUUUAAACCUACUCAUUCAGAAACUAGACACCGGUGUAGAACUGUAUUUCAAACAGAUCGUCUUAGUGGCUCUGAGGACCCUGGGGGACACUCACACCAUCACCAGAAAGGAAUACAUGAAUGUGUUCCGACAGUUGAUGAAAACCCUCCCGCCACAGAAAGUCUUGGAUCUGGUCACUGGCCACUUGAAACACAAGAAUUCAAGGGUUCGGGAAGAUGUCCUGAACAUCAUUAUGGCAGCUACGCUCACUCAUCCUGGGAAAGAUUUUAACAUCCCCAAGCUCUGUUUGGAGGUGGCCCCGUACCUGGCCGACAGCAAAGGGAAGGUCCGUCACGCCGCCCUUGAGCUGUUUGCCGUUUUUGACUAUUGCCUCGACACGGGGAGAAAGCAUCCUCUGAUGAAAGCCGUGGACAUGGUGGAACUCAACGAGGACGCGGGGGGCCUCAUGGCCGCCGUGCAGGCGAGACGGGCGAGGCGCGUCCUUCCCACGCUCUCCUCGGAUGGGGUGGUGGAGUACGGCUUGGUGGCCCCCAAACCAGCGCACCGGUGCUCCCCGCAGUACGGGUCCGCGGCCGAUCUGGAUUGGGUGAUGAACGGAGGGCGGGCGAGCAGCGCCAGGAGCCACCGAACCGAGCCGGACGGCGAGCGGCUGAGCGGCUACGGCAGCCUCGGGUCGCUCACGGACGACCUUCCGCCUCACAGGAGGAUCGUCAGUGCCGGCAAAGGGAAGAACAAACUGCCCUGGGAGAUGUCGAGCUGCUCCUCCACUGAGAAUGACCAGCGGUGGAGCAACGAGUGCUCUGAAAAGGUGUCCAGUGAGGAUUUCAUUCCACUGUCCAAGAAGCUCAGUCAAGAGAACUACAUACCCAGUUUUAGUUCUUCUCCGGCUCAGAAGCCACAAUCCUCCAGAAGGAGGGACUCCCCUGCACGCCUCAGAAGAAGUGGAAGCCUCAACUUGGACCCCGACAUCUUUAAAACCACCAACUUCUCUGAUCCAGAUGUUGGGGCACCCAAAGGUCGCCUGCUCUCAAGCAACUCCAAUGUCGAGCGCACCUUCUCCCUCCCCUCGAACCACACCGCGUCCGGAUCCUUCCUGCUGCCCUCCUACCCGCUGGCCUCCCUCCAAGGAGGCAUCGUUACUCCGUCACUGUCCCGCCGCCAUGCAGACUCCUCCCUCUCUAUGUCCAACACGUGGCCCAACAAGAGAGAGAGCACCCCUCACCAGCGGGACGGCAGCCCAUGGAGAGACGCGCCGUGCGCCGCAAAGGGGGACCCUCCCUCUGGCGGAUGCUCGCCGCGGCCUCUUCGGGCCUCCCUCGUGAGUUCCUCUUCCACUUCGUCUUUCCGCCGGGCUCUGAGCAGCACCAGGGCGUCCCUGUCUAUCUCGCCGGUUGUCCCACCAGCAGAGCCGGCCCAGAACCAUAACGGCCAGCGGUCCAAUGCUCCCGGCAGCCCCCGGAAUCAACAGCCGGAGAGGGACCUUCACCUGGACUCCGAAGGAAUCUAUGAGGGGCGAGAAACCCAAGAGAAUGAUCCUCUGGACAUGCAGGAGAUGCAGAACUCCCUGCGCUCGUUGCGCAACAGCGCUGCCAAGAAGAGGGCCAAGGUGAGCCUCAGCCAUUCGGAUCCAGACAGCCCCGACUCGGCAGUGAGGCCGGACCCGGGUCCGGCCUCACUGCCGCACACCUCCCCGACGCUUACCAGCUCAGCCAGCGAGAGUGGUCUCUCCAGUCUGAACUAUAGCUUCAAUGGCAUCAGAACCAGUCCCGGAACCUUUGCUUCUCCAGGAGUGAAAGCUGUGAUUGAGAGAGCGCCGUCAGCUAAACUGAGGUCUUCUGUGUCCAUGGACUUCAGCAGCCUUCCAGGACUUUCACAGGGAAACGAACGAUUGUCCGACGUGGGUGUUUUCGGGCAGAGAGACGGUUCCCUCGAAACCGAGGAGGAGAACACCAGGCCGUCCCCUCCGCUGGUCAAACCCGUCUUCCUCGAAUCAUUCAGAGCUCCAAAGCCGGUUAAAGGAUCUCAGAGCCACAGCAGCAGGAACUUACCAGCCAAGGACAUGGCUGAAGGAGUCAUCGGUAGAGGCAUGUUUGGCACCGCGCUGCCCUCCAGCCGUCCAGGAGAUGCCUCGUCACUUGAGCUGGGUGGUGACCCCGAGGCCAAACCCCCCACUGAGCCCUCAGCGGGUAUCUACAGCCACGCUGCGUCCGGCACUCACCGAGACAGUGAUGACAGCCCCCGUCCAGAGGAGGUGAUGCAGAGGGUGAACAACGGCCGGUUCAGGCCGCGGCGUCUGGGUCUACAAGAGGGGCGGAGCAGCCAAGUGGACGCUGCACGGGACCAGAUCCGCCAACGCGUGAGACGGAUGCUGUGUGACUCCCCAACAGAGGAGAACAGGGUACUAAUCCGCCAAGAUGUGCAUCUUAACGGCAGCACGCCGGCUUCCUCCAAAUCAGGGCAUCUGCCUGACGACUCCCCUGUCAGCCCCACCAGUCCUGUCGGCCAGCCGGGACCCCAAAGCCUCACACCACCGCACCAGCCGAGCCCCCCCACGGUGCCCCCCAACCCCAAAAAACUCCCCCGUCUCCGAAGGGCCCCGAGCCUCAGCAGGACCCAGCCGUCGCCGUCCCACAGCUCAGAGGAGCCGCCCCCCGGUGCCGUGGGCCACAAGAGGAGCGGCUCGGAGCCCCCGGAGCUGGGUCCUUUUUCCAAGCCCGACCUGGCGCUGACGCAGAGCUUCAACCUGCUCGGCUCGGAGGACUGGGAGAAGAAGAUCGAGGGUCUGACGUUCCUUCGCAGUCUGGCUAACUUCCACUCAGACACACUCCAGGGCAGUCUCCAUGACGUCUGCCUGUGUGUUAUCCAGGAGGUGAGGAACCUGCGGUCGAGUGUCUCGAGGGUGGCCGUAUGUACGCUGGGUGACCUGUACACCCAUCUGCAGAAGGCCAUGGACCAGGAGCUGGAGGGGACGGUUAAGGCUUUGCUGCAGAAGGCCGGGGAGUGCAACGCCUUCAUCAGGCAGGACGUGGAUGCCGCACUGGGCUGCAUGGUCCAGCACUGCACGCCGACUCGUGGCAUCAACGCUCUGCUCUCUGGGGGCCUCGGCCACCUGAAUGCCGUGGUGAGGAAAUGCGCCGCCCAGCACCUGGUCACUCUGGUGGAGAAGGUUGGUGUUGCCCGCCUGCUUUCUGGAGGUAAAGAUCUCACUGAGAGGAUCCUCCCUGCCGUCGCCAGACUCACACAAGACUCCUCGCAGGAAGCAAGGUACUUUGGGCGUCGAAUGCUGCUCUCUCUGUCAUCCCACCCGGACUUUGAAAAGAUCCUGGAGAAAUAUAUCGCCCCCAGAGACCUGCCGACUGUCAGAGACACUGUUUUCACUCUCAAGACAAAGGGUCUCGGUGAGAUGCCCCAAGAAACCCAGUCUGCCAGAGGAAGGCGCUCCCUCCCAGGCAGUGGCACCGUCAGGGCCUCAUCUCUCACCAGAGAGCCACUCAACCAGACCACCAGGGAGUCAAAUAGCCAUUACAGCAGCAGACCUCAGACACAGAGUAUCGCAGACAAAAACGAAUACAUCCAGCAGAUCUCAGGUCUGCUGGGUUCAAAGGACUUCAGAGAGAGGAUCAAGGGAAUCGACCAGCUUGUAGCCGACAGCCAGCACAACCCCAAAAUGGUCAUCAAUAGUAUUUAUCAGUUGUUUGAUGCGUUCAAGGCCAGGCUGCAGGAGUCCAACGCCAAGGUCAACCUGCACGCCCUCGAGUCCCUACAGAAAAUCAUCCCCUUCUUAAAGGACAACUUGUCCCAAGUGGUCAACAUCUUGGUCCCGGCAAUCAUGGACAAUCACCUAAACUCCAAGAACAACGCCAUCUACUCCGCUGCUGUUGGAGCUAUCGAUGCACUUCUCUUAAAUCUUGAUAACAUGCUUCUUCUUCAGCCUUUCUGCACAAAAGCCCAGUUCCUAAAUGGCAAAGCAAAGGUGGAUCUUAUCCAAAAGGUCGCAGAUCUUGUGACCGAGCUCUACCCUCGCAAGCCGCAGGUGGUGGAGCAGAGAGUGCUUCCCCUGCUGUGGCACCUCCUGGGCAACUCCGCCCACAGCGGCACCAUCCACGGCCGGGGCGGCAGCGUGAGGGGCGCCACGGCCAGCUUGUGCCAAGCCCUCUACGCCCAGAUGGGGCUGAGCCUGACUGCUUGUGCCGCCUCGCAGCCCGCCAACGUCCACACGCGACUAAACGAGGUCCUGAGGACCUUCUCCUGAAAGGUGACAGCGAAUCCAGACACGUCCAGAAGAACUCUAAGACUGACCUUACUUGAAGACGGAGACGUUCUACAUUUCUUAUAGUGCCUGCACUUUAAUAUCAAUAAAGAGAAGUUUCUUUAAAAAGGAUAGGAGCUCUUAAUCUUAUCAACGAGAUUCCCUCUGGUACAGGAGCAUAAACCAUUUUAACACGUACUCAACCUGCUCUCUUUGCACUUUGAAAAGGUAGCUCAACUAUCAUGAUAGAUUUCAUGAGUUUUUACAUUUUACCGUCAUUCCUUUUUUUUCCCCUCAACACGUACUGUAGACAAAUCAGAGACACUAUGGCAGAAUGUAAGAUUUAAAUGCACCAAGGACGAGGAAGACAGGAACAUGAAAGGUGUAUAUUUUUGCUGUUUCAUCAAAUGUGAUGAUAUUUUCUAAAUGUCUUAUGUAGGGUGUAUUUUUGUGAAUUGAGAUUAACAAAAUACUUUUGUACAGUUCAAAUGUGUAUUUGCACAGUAUUAGCUUAUUCUGUAAUUGUUUGCUGUAUAACGGUACAGUUUAUAAUUGACCCAUUGAGUAAUGGCUUUGUUAAUGUGCUGAAUUGGAAUCUUUUUUUUGUUUUGCAUGACCAAAAUGAACUCGCACGAUCACAUUUUUUAUGUUUUGGUUAAGCAUAUAUUUACUUCACGCUGUACAUAUUCUUUCCAUGUUGUGUGUCUUUAUACAUAUUAUAUACACACACACACACACACAGCAUUAAAGUAAUUCAGUUUCACUCCAGAUGUUCCCUGAGAAACAUUGAAGAUCGUAUUAUGUCUCAGAAUAGUGCCAGAACUUCAAGUAGCCUUUUAACUCAUUUAUUGUUAAAUUAUAUUGAACUUGUUUGUGAACAAGGGACAGAUUGAGAGUUAUAUAUAUAUAUAUAUAUAUAUAUAUAU